AUGGGACGUUUGCAUCGCUUUGGGUAUUGGCCGAUCGGUAUUCGACUAAGCUCUCUAGGUGUCAUGGCCGUUUCCGCUGUUGUGGCCUUUGGAACGUUCACUAACAGCUUUGGCCUUUCUCAGAGAUUUUCGCUUCUUCUUUUUAUUAUAUUCUUCAUAUUUAAUCUUGCCUGUUUACUGAUAUAUGUUAUCAUCCAAAUUGUUCUCGUAUUAAGGACCAUGGAUGACCGAUGGCCACUAGGUGAUAUCUUUUUUGGUAUUCUAUUUUUCUUGCUUGCUCAGGCAAUUUUCUGGUUUCUAUCCCCGCUCAUUUGUAAGCUGUCGGUCCAUUAUAUGGAUGGGUUGUUUUUCGCAAAUACUCUUAUCCUUCUAUCGGUAAUGAUGGUUUACAAAUAUUGGGACUCCAUUACGAAGGAAGACCUAGAAUUUUCUCUUCUUGCUCCAAAUAUCCUGUUAUAUAAUGAUGAAGAGUAUGUCGGUAACUCUGAUGCAGAUUUUGCAAACAUCAAUGGAAAAUUUUAG